GGCAUCUCCAUCCCGUAGCCAAAGGCGCCAGAAGACAUGGCGGCCAGCAGCGGCGCUCUCCCCGUGGUGGAUCUGGCGCCUUUCUUCACCGAAGAUGACAGCGGCGGCGCCGCCCGCGCCACCGCGGCCGUGCGCGAGGCGUGCCGGACGCACGGCUUCUUCCGCGCCGUCAACCACGGCGUGCCUGCCGAGCUCUUGGCGCGCGCGCUCGAGCUGUCGGCCGCGUUCUUCGCGCUGCCGGACGAGGAGAAGGCCAAGGUCCGGCCGGCCGCGGGGUCCGGGGCGCCCCUCCCGGCCGGCUACGGGCAGCAGCCGGCGCACUCGACCGACAAGAACGAGUACCUGGUGGUCUUUGAUCCGAGGCUUGGGUUCAACGUGUACCCCGCUGAGCCAGCUGGAUUCAGAGAGACAGUGGAGGAGUGCCACCGCAAGCUCACCGAACUGGGGCUGCUCAUCCAGGAGAUCUUGAACGAGUGCAUGGGCCUUCCGCCGGGCUUCCUCAGGGGCUACAACGACGCCCGCGGCUUCGACCUCAUGACGGCGAAGCGCUACUUCCCGGCGACGGAGGAGGAGAACGUCGGAAUCAGCGCGCACGAGGACUCCAACUGCAUCACCUUCAUCUUCCAGGACGGCGUCGGGGGCCUCGAGGUCCUCAAGGACGGCGACUGGGUCCCGGCGGAGCCCGUCGACGGCAGCAUCAUCGUCAACAUCGGCGACGUCAUACAGGUGCUGAGCAACGAUAAGUUCAAGAGCGCGACGCACCGGGUGGUGAGGAAGCCAGUGCACAGGCAUUCGUUCGCGUUCUUCUUCAAUCUGCACGGCGACAAGUGGGUCGAACCGCUGCCGGAGUUCACGGCCAAGAUCGGCGAGCCGCCGCGAUACAGGAGGUUCCUCUACAGGGAGUAUCAGCAGCUACGCGUCAGGAACAAGACCCAUCCUCCGGCCAGGAUCGAAGACAUCGUCCACGUCAGCCACUAUGCCAUCUAAUAAGAUCUACGGUGUCUGCUACCCGGGGUGGGAGCUACCCACUAAUAAGGUUAUCCGCACUGGAUACGCUAUGCUGCCCACUACCCCAUCCUCCUUCGGUACGAAAACGUCUACACCAGAGUAGGCUACGCCGAAUGUUAUCAGCCUCCACACGCCAAAAUGCCAAAUCAAGCAGAGGUAGGGAACGAACACUACGCAUCGACGUAGCGCAGGGCCCAUGCACCAUGUGCCAUCCCAACCGCAGUUGUGCCUGCCUGCCAUCACGGGCGUCACUACUACAUUAAUCUUUUCUGAGACGGUUGAAAAACAUUUUAAGAGGUGAGCAAACCCAACCGUCUCUGAGCAAACGUCAUUAUAAAUGAAGCAUUUUCAGAGACGGGCAGAUGCCCGCCUCUAUUAA